GUACAACUAAUGAGAAAGAAACAACAAGAGAGGAAAGGGGAUAUCUCCACUGCCACCAUGCAGAGAAGUAUUAUGUCAUUUUUCCAACCCACCAAAGAGGGUAAAGCAAAGAAGCCUGAAAAGGAGACAGCCAACAGCAUCGGAGAGAAGGAGUCCCCUCCAAAGGUAGCAUUGAAAGAGAGGAAUUGACUGGUGUCUGAGAGUGAUUCUCCAGUGAAGAGGCCAGGAAGGAAGGCAGCCCAGGUCCUAAGCAGUGAAGGGGAGGAGGAAGAUGAAGCUCCUGGCACCCCCACAGUUCAGAAGUCUGUGUCAGACUCCAAACAGAACUCUCCUUUCAGCCCUGACACACGUCCUGAGAAUAGUCCUUUCUUCAACAGCCCCUCCAUGGAUAUCUCCUCAUCAGGAUUCCCGAAGCGUCGCACUGCUCGGAAGCACCUCCCGAAACGGACAAUUCAGGACUCUGUGGAGGAGCAGAAUGAGGACAAAGACAGAGCAGCCAAGAAAAGGAAGAAGGAAGAAGAAGCACAGACCCCAACAGAAAGUCUCACAGAGGCUGAAGAUGUAAAACAGAAGGAAGAAAAGAAAGGGAGCCAGUCCAUAGUGUCCCCUGAGCCUGCAAAGUCCCCUGAGUCAGUAACCCUGCCAAAGGCAGAGAACAUUCCAGUGUGUAAGGCUGGCGUCAAACAGGAUCCUCAGGAAGAGGAGCAGAGCAAACCUCCUGCUAGAAGUGCCAAGACACUCAGCAGCUUCUUUGCUCCUCAGAAGCCAGCAGUGAAAGCUGAAGUGAAACAAGAAGAGGCAGGUACUCCAAGAAAGGAAGAGACCAAGGGAACCCUGGAUCCAACAAAUUACAAUCCUUCCAAGAGUAACUACCAUCCCAUUGAAGAUGCCUGCUGGAAACACGGCCAGAAGGUUCCUUUUCUUGCUGUGGCCUGGACAUUUGAAAAGAUAGAGGAGGUUUCUGCUUGCCUCAAGGUGGUGGAGACACUGAGCAACCUGCUACGCUCUGUGGUGGCCCUGUCAUCCCCAGACCUGCUCCCUGUCCUUUACCUCAGCCUCAGCCGCCUUGGGCCACCUCAGCAGGGACUAGAGCUGGGUGUAGGUGAUGGUGUCCUCCUCAAGGCAGUUGCCCAGGACACAGGUCGUCAGUUGGAGUCCAUCCGGGCUGGUACUGAGAAGGGUGAUGUGGGACUGGUGGCCGAAAACAGCCACAGCACUCAGAGACUCAUGCUGCCCCCACCUCCACUCACCACCUCUGGUGUCUUUACCAAAUUCUGUGACAUUGCCUGACUCACUGGCGGUGCUUCCAUGGCUAAGAAGGUGGACAUCAUCCAGGGCCUUUUUGUCGCCUGCCGCCACUCAGAAGCCCGAUUCAUUGCCAGGUCCUUAAGUGGACGGCUGUGCCUUGGGCUGGCUGAGCAGUCGGUCUUGGCUACACUUGUCCAGGCUGUGAGCCUCACACCCCCUGGCCAAGAAUUUCCCCCUGCUGUUGUGGAUGCUGGGAAGGGCAAGACAGCAGAGGCCAGAAAGAUGUGGUUGGAAGAACAAGGCAUGAUCUUGAAGCAGACCUUCUGUAAGGUGCCUGACCUAGAUCGAAUCAUCCCUGUGCUGUUGGAACACGGACUGGAACGUCUCCCAGAGCACUGCAGGCUGAGCCCAGGGAUCCCUCUUAAACCAAUGCUGGCCCAUCCCACUCGGGGUGUCAGCGAGGUACUGAAGCACUUUGAGGAGGUGAACUUCACCUGCAAGUAUAAAUAAGAUGGGCAGCGGGCACAGAUUCAUGUUCUGGAAGGUGGAGAGGUGAAGAUCUUCAGCAGGAACCAGGAAAAAACAGGAAAGUACCCUGACAUCAUCAGCCGCAUCCCCAAGAUUAAACUCCCCUCUGUCACUUCUUUCAUCCUGGAUACUGAGGCUGUGGCCUGGGAUCGGGAAAAGAAGGAGAUCCAGCCAUUCCAAGUGCUCACCACUCGAAAGCGCAAGGAGAGUGAAGAGCUGCAGGCCAUAUGCAAGCUGGGAACUGGAUUCAGUGAUGAAGAGCUGGAGGAGCAUCACCAGAGCCUGAAGGCCCUGGUAUUGCCAACCCCACGCCCCUAUGUGAGAACUGAUGGGGCAGUGGCUCCAGACCACUGGCUGGACCCCAGUGUCGUGUGGGAGGUGAAGUGUGCAGAUCUCUCUCUGUCCCCUAUCUACCCUGUUGCACGGGGCCUGGUGGACAAAGAAAAAGGUAUCUCCCUUCGUUUCCCUGGGUUCAUUCGUGUCCGUGGAGACAAGCAGCCAGAGCAAGCCACUACCAGUGACCAGGUGGCCUGUUUAUACCGGAAGCAGAGUCAGAUUCAGAACCAGCAAAGCUCAGACUCGGACUCCGACUUUGAGGACUGCUAUUAACCCCCUGGCCUCCUGGGCCUGGAGUGGAGAUUGAGGGAACCUGGGUACUAUUUGCUUGGUGGUGUUGACUGGUGUGUGUGUGUGGGGGGAAAUAGGGGUGGGAUACUGGUACUGUGAUGUUUCAUUUUCUUAAAUAAAUGACUAUUAAAUAAAAAAAAA